AUGAGCCCCACUAAUCCAAAUGCAGGAUAUACCAAACCUCAAAAGUAUGUGCCAGGACCAGGUGAUCCUGAACUUCCACCCCAGCUGUCCGAAUUUAAAGAUAAAACCUCAGAUGAGAUCUUGAAAGAAAUGAACAGAAUGCCUUUUUUUAUGACCAAGUUGGAUGAAACAGACGGUGUGGGUGGUGAAAAUGUGGAGUUAGAAGCUUUAAAGGCAUUAGCUUAUGAAGGUGAGCCACACGAAAUUGCUGAAAAUUUCAAGAAGCAAGGUAACGAAUUGUACAAAUCAAAAAGAUUCAAGGACGCAAGGGAGCUAUACACAAAGGGCAUAGCGGUGGAAUGUGAAGAUAAAGCUAUAAAUGAAUCAUUGUAUGCCAAUAGAGCAGCAUGUGAGUUAGAGCUGAAAAAUUACAGGAGGUGCAUCGAAGACUGCAGUAAGGCCUUAAGUAUUAACCCUAAGAACGUUAAAUGCUACUAUCGUACAAGCAAAGCCUUUUUUCAAUUGAAUAAAUUGGAGGAGGCCAAAUCUGCUGCAAUAUUUGCCAAUGAAAGAAUUGACCCAGAAAACAAGUCGAUUUUGAAUAUGUUAUCAGUGAUUGAGAAAAAAGAACAAGAACUGAAAGUAAAAGAGGAAAAAAAACAACAAGAAGUUCAGGAUCGUGAAAACAAGAAAAUCAUGUUAGAGAGCGCAAUGACGUUAAGAAACAUAACUAAUAUCAAAACUCGCUCUCCAGUGGAGUUACUGAAUGAGGGUAAGAUAAGGUUGGAGGAUCCAAUGGACUUUGAAUCUCAAUUAAUUUAUCCCGCUUUAAUAAUGUACCCCACACAAGAUGAAUUUGAUUUUGUAGGUGAAGUAAGUGAGUUAACUACAGUGCAAGAACUUAUUGACCUAGUUAUGGAUGGGCCACAAGAGAGGUUCAAAAAAGAAGGUAAGCAAAACUUUACUUCAAAGAAAGUGUUGGUGUUUAUGGAAACAAAGACAGGCGGUUUGAUUAAAGCUGGUAAGAAAGUGACCUUUCACGAUAUCUUGAAGAAGGAAUCGCCAGAUGUACCAUUGUUCGAUAACGCUUUGAAAAUUUAUAUUGUACCAAAGGCGGAAAGUGAAGAGUGGAUUUCCAAGUGGGAUAAACAAAAAGCCUUAGAAAGAAGAUCUAUGUGA